UGAUGGUACUAUUUUCUCCACCAUCUUAUUUAAGCAAUGAAAUGGCUACUUGUCAAACUAGUUCUUAUAGCAUAUAUUUUAUCUCUGGUUGUCUUUGUGACGUUCUUUCCAGAAAUAGGGGUAACGGAGGAAGACAGGAGUGAUGCUAAAUGUAAAAGGAAAAUUGACAGGAUUAUUCAAAACUAUGAACUGGCUUUAAAUCAGACUGUUAACAAUCUUACAAGGAAUCGUGAAACUGUAAAUUCUGAUGCACAGAUCGGACCAGGAGCAUUUGGUCUUGAUGUUGAUCUAACGAAGACACCAAUGAGCCCUGCUGAGAGACAAGAGUGGGAGAGACUUCUGGCUCAAUACGAUUAUGACGCUUUCAUUAGUGAUAUGGUAUCGAUAUACCGCGUUCUUCCAGAUAACAGACCCGAUGUGUGUAAAACUAAGCAAUAUGGCAACUUGCCGGAAGUGAGUAUUAUAAUACCUUUUCGAGAUGAACGACUGAGUGUUUUACUGAGAACAGUACACAGUAUAUUACAAAACACACCUGAUGACUUACUGGCAGAAAUCAUUUUAAUUGACGAUGGCUCCAAAACAGACGAGUUGAAAUCGAGACUAGAAGUGCAUGUUCAGAGUCUUUCAAAGGUAAACCUGAUCAGACUGAACCCCUCUGCUGGUCUGAUGGUGGCUCGUCAGACAGGAAUAGAUCGAUGUAAGGCAGAUUACUUCAUUACCAUGGAUUGUCAUAUAGAGGUUAUCAGAGGAUGGUUAGAGCCGCUACUGUAUCGUCUGAAACAGAAUCCCAAGGCAUGUUUGUCACCAAAUGUAGGUCUUUUGAAAAGAGAUACAUUCGGUGUGGAUUUUACAACUAGAUGGACGUUUCAAAGGUUUCCGAUGUUCGUGUUUACUCUGGAAGAAGCACAUAGUUUCUAUAAGCCAGAUUAUCUGGCUAAAAUAAACAGAUCUGAACCAUUACCUACUGGAAUAAACCAAGGCAUGGUGAUAGCAAUGAAGAAGUCUUGGUUUAAACAACUCGGGGGAUUUGACACCGGCAUGAGAGUGUGGGGCGGUGAGCAAAUAGAACUUUCUGUAAAGGUGUGGACUUGUGGAGGCGCAGUAGAAAUUAUACCUUGCUCUUAUAUUGCUCAUUUGUUCAAAACACGCCUCGUUUGGGAAAAUAUGGGAUUGUCAAAAAUUAUAAACGCUCUAAGAUUCGCAGAGGUAUGGAUGGAUGAAUACAAAGAAAUGUUGCAUCAAUAUUGGCCCACUGCAAGACGGGAAAUAGACUUAGGUCCUGGUCUAAGAGAAAGAAAAGUUAUCCGAAGACAAAAUCGUUGCAAGCCUUUCCAGUAUUAUAUUGACAAGGUGAAAGAAUUUGGACUUGUACAUUUCCCCGAAAACUUGAGGAGUUACGGUUGGCUACGAAACGAAGACACGGGAUUUUGUAUCGAGAAGGAAUCCGUGUUGGGAAGAUGUAGUAUGUUCAAAGCGGCAAUGCAGUUUUUCGAACACACAGAAGAGUACCAUAUAAGACACGAUGGAUUUUGUUUAUUUCCUGCCUCCAUGGCAAAUCAAGAUUCACCAGCCUUAGCUUAUGAUGACUGUUACGUACUCGGCCCACAGAGAUCGCAGUGGUUAUAUACUAUGGGAAAUGAACUGCUACACAAAUACACAAAUACAUGUCUGACAGUCUCGACACAUACGAAUAUUCCGGAGCUCAUUUUCGACACAUGCGCGGCUAAACCUAAUCAGCGAUGGACUUGGAAACUGUGGAAUGAUUAAAAAUGCAUUGUUUUACAGUGCAGUACAAUUAUAGUUUUCAUCCAUUUUUACACUAAGUGUAUAAGCAGUAAGAAGUCAUGAUAAGGGAAUCAAUAAAAGAACAUAAAAAUAAACCAGUAAAUAUUAAGAUUUCAAAUCAUGAUCUGUCUUUGUCAAAUAACAUACACUGCAUCGAUGCCGAUCUGUAAAUUUGUAUAAGCAUUCUGAUUGGAUUACGGUGUACCCCAUUGUCUUGCAGUCUGCGACCUGUACAGACAAUAUGCACCAUUACAUAGCACAUUGUAUAUGAAUAUAUUUAUCUUGGGUUACAUUUGACCCAAUACGAAUGUCAGCUAGCUAUAUGUUAUGAAGUUACUGAAAUAAUAAAAAGUUUUUAAAAAACUCUCU